CCCGGCGCGCCCCCCUCCCUUCUCAUCCUGGUGUGCACGGCCCCCGAGAACCUCAACCAGAGGAACGCCAUUCGGGCCUCGUGGGGCGGGCAGCGCGAGGCCCGCGGGCUUAGGGUGCAGACUCUCUUUCUCCUGGGAGAGCCCAGCGGGCGGCAUCCCACCCAGGGCUCCCAUGAGAACGACCUGGAACGGGAGUCAGUGGCCCAGGGGGACAUCCUGCAGGCGGCCUUCCACGACUCCUACCGCAACCUGACCCUCAAGACGCUCAGCGGGCUGAGCUGGGCGGACAAACACUGCCCCAUGGCCCGCUACAUCCUCAAGACCGACGAUGAUGUGUUUGUCAACGUUCCGGAACUGGUAUCAGAGCUGGUCCGGCGAGGGGGCCGUUGGGAGCAAUGGGAGAGGGGCAUGGAGCCCCAGAGAGAGGCUGGGGCUGGAGAUGGAGAGUGGAAAGGAGGCCGCCCCACCCCGGUGAGUCAGCCCAUGCCUCUUCUGUACCUGGGCCGUGUGCACUGGCGGGUGCACCCCUCUCGGACUCCAGGGAGCAAGCACCAAAUAUCGGAGGAGCAGUGGCCUGCCACCUGGGGCCCUUUCCCACCCUAUGCCUCGGGCACUGGAUAUGUGUUGUCAGCUUCCGCUGUGCAGCUCAUCCUCAAAGUGGCCAGCCGGGCCCCCCCUCUGCCACUGGAAGAUGUCUUUGUGGGGGUAAGUGCCCGACGGGGAGGCCUCACCCCAACCCACUGUGUCAAGCUGGCUGGUGCCACCCACUAUCCCUUGGACCGGUGCUGCUAUGGGAAAUUCCUGCUGACAUCCCACAGGCUGGACCCCUGGAAGAUGCAGGAAGCCUGGAAGCUGGUGGGUGGCUCUGAUGGGGAAAGGACUGCACCCUUCUGCUCCUGGCUCCAGGGAGUCCUGGGCAUCCUGCGGUGCAGGGUAAUAGCCUGGCUUCACAGCUGAGGACCCGGGCCACUGGCGAGGAGUGAGGAGCUGAGGGGCUGGCCAGCUCCCCCACCGUUCUCCCGGGCCCGAGGCAUCUGGCUGCAACUGGACAGUUUCCUGACACCAGAUGCUCAGUCUGUCACUGAAGCCUGAAGGAUACAGGGGAAACCCAGGGUCUGGCCUGCCAGCCCCAAAGAUGGUCAUCAGGAGAGUAAAGCAAUGCUGUGGUCAUCCCCCAUCCAUGGCAGGAGAGGGGCAGGAGCCCCUCAAUAAAUUUGUGUUUCUACUUCGA